AGCGCGCGUUGAGCACGAGCACUACAAGCGCUGUGCGCAGGGAGCGGUGGUUAACAUGUUUAGCCACGUGCAGCUAUAAAAGCACGGCACAUUCCUGGCGUACUCAGCAUUCUCGUUGCAGAACUUGUAAAGAAAACAACAUCCGAAGGAGAGAAAAGUAAAAAUUAUUUUCGAGUUUUUCUAGCAAAAGUACAAAGUAUAAAUAAAAAUAAACAACAACAAGAUGGCAACCAGCGCUUAUGAAUUAUCAAAGACUUAUCGUUAUCGCAAAGUGAUGAAGCCGCUAUUGGAGCGUAAACGUCGUGCGCGCAUCAAUCAGUGCUUGGACGAGCUCAAAGAUCUGAUGGCCGAAUGUGUGCAACAACAAAGUGGCGAUCCGGAGGUGAAAUUGGAGAAGGCCGACAUUCUCGAAUUGACUGUUGAACAUUUGCGUAAAAUGCGUCAGCAACAAACCACAGCCAAGCGCAGCGAUGAAGGCGCACGUCAAAGUUUCCGUUCCGGUUACAUUAAGGCGGCACAUGAAAUUUCACGUUGUCUCGCCACAUUGCCGAAUGUGGAUGUCCAGUUGGGCACACAGCUGAUGACACAACUCGGUUUGCGUUUGAAUCAAUUGGAGUCACAGCAUCAGGAGGUGCGCACCGCUGUCAAUCAGCCGUUGAGCGUCAAUUGCGGUGCAGCUACACCCACCUCCAGCGCCGCCUCCAGCAUGUACAGUCCGGUUUCUAGCGGUUAUGCUAGUGACAAUGAGUCGACUACCUCUAGCCAAACGGCAGCCAGCAGCAACGGUCUAUUGCAAGUAUCCGCAACAAGUGUCUGGCGUCCUUGGUAGUAAGGCAGUGGCGGCCAGCAGACGUAUAGCCAGUGACUGAGCUCGAGCAUGUACUUAAUUAAUCAAACGACGGUCUCAUUUAGUUUAAGUGCAAAUUGUUUUUUAAUUUUAAUCACAUAAUUUUUUAAUGUAAACUGUUAUUAGCGAAUUAACUUUGUAAGAAACUUGUGUAGUUUUGUGAACUGUGAUAGGAAAAGCUUUAGUUACAUACAUACAAACAACUGUACUGUAGUAAUAGUAUUUAAGCAUAAAAGAAUUAUAUAUACAUGAAUAUAUGACUCUAAAAUGUAAACAA